AUGGUGAGUUCAAGGAACUGGAAUCAGCUUUCUCGGAGCAUCCUAAUGGCGUUUCCAUCCAAAGUUGAGCAACACUAUCUAUGGCCAAAGGAAUUUGUAAUCCACUCAGACCACGAGGCUUUAAAACACUUCAAGGGUCAAACGAAGCUCAAUAAACUUCAUGCGAAGUGGGUAGAAUACUUGGAGUCAUUUCCAUACGUGAUAAAGUAUAAGAAAGGUAAGGAAAACGUUGUUGCCGACGCCCUAUCACGAAGGUAUGCACUUGUCAACUUAAUUGAUUAUAAGUUGCUUGGUUUUGAAUUUAUGAAAGAUUUGUAUGAAACUGAUGCCGAUUUUGGUGAAAUCUAUAAGAGUUGUUUGCAUGGUGCGAUUGACAAGUAUUUUCAGCAUGAAGGCUACCUUUUUCUUGAAGGUAAGAUGUGUAUACCUCAAGGUUCUGUCCAGGAGAUGCUUGUCAAUGAAGCCCAUAGUGGUGGACUUAUGGGUCAUUUUAGAGUUGCAAAGACUCUAGCAAUGUUGCACGAACACUUCUAUUAG